AUGACUGAAUAUGGUUUGUCUGGAAUUGCAGCUGAAGUUUCAUCAUUUGCAAAUCAAUGUCUCAUGGAUAAAAGAGGAUAUAAAGUGAGCAACAAAACAAUGCAGAUUCAAAAAUUAUAUCAAAUUUUUAUUCCAGCAUAUAAAUGAAAUUUUGCUGAACACUGAAGUCGACGAGAUAACCAAAGAACCAUUGAUAAAAUGCGACGAUGGAACUGAUCGAGUCAUUUUGAUGUAUAAAAAAUCAGUUUUACCUAAUUAA